UCUUCUACAGACCGUCAUGACAUAACUGGACGAGUAUUUAGACAGAAGCUGAAGUCAUUGAUGGAUUUUAUUGUUAAACAUCAAGUUUUCGGCGAAUUCGAUGUUGGAUGUAUUCGGUGGAAUGGCAAAAGAGAGGAUUACCACAUGCCCAUAUUUUGGUAUGGUUAGUCAACAAAAUAACAAGCGAUCAAAUUCCUGAUCAGGAAAUCGAUCCAGGUUUAUUUGAUGUUGUUACAAAAAGUAUGAUUCAUAGACCAUGUGGUGUUCUAAAUAUUAAUUGACCAUGUACGAAAGGUGGGAAAUGCACGAAGCGGUAUCCCAGAGAUUUGAUUUCCGAGACAAUUAAUGGAAAAAAUGGUUACCCAUGGUAUCGCCGACGCUCAACAGAUGAUAAUGGCAAAUCAAUAAAUCUACGAGUCAAUAAUCUAGAUAUUACAGUGCAUAAUAGGUGGGUUGUCCCCUUUUCGCCAAUACUACAUAUCAAAAGCAUUCAAAUCUCAUAUCAAUGUAGAAUAUUGCAAUUCGCUAAAUCGAUUUAAUAUAUCUGCAAGUAUGUAAAUAAAGGCAGCGACAUGGCUGUGUUUGGUGUUGCAGAGAACCGAAAUGAUUGUUCAGAGCGCUCAGAGCGCCACCUGAUAAUUAAGUGGCAUUACCUACUACUUUUUGUAAAUUUACUCACUUUGCAAUCCUGUCAAACAUUAGAUGUAACAAUUGCUUAAAUAAAAUUCAUUCGCUUUUAUAACGUGAACAAAACAACACGCAUUCGGCUAUUUUGUUCUAUUUCGCUUUUCAUCGCUAUUCGUUCGAGCGCAAAAAUUCUUGCGCGACGACAUACAUUUGUUGGUGACCCCGACGUGAUACCGCGUGCAGUUACAUUGCAUACUUUGUUGCUUCUUUCGCAGUACCGUGUACAGAUCACCAGAUCCUACAGUUAACUCAUCGCGGUUAAUAGUUUUGUUGUUUGUAGUUUUUCUCCUAUUUUUGCCGUGCAAAAAUAUACAGUGUACAAAUCACGAACUUCAACUGUUAAUUUAGUUGAACAGUUUCAUUUAAACAGUAUUAAUAAAUAUAAACAGUUUGCCGUGCAAACAGUUACCUCGUAACAUUCGAGCGGUCAUACAAGUUUAAAAGAAAAUGUCGUUUUUAAAAAGAAAAAGUGAAGCCAUUUUACGCAAGUUAAAUUCAAUACCACUUGGCAUGGAGGAACUUAAUUCCAUGGAUCAUGCAGAGCUGUCAGUCAGAUCAGAACAGCUCGAUCGUAUUCAACAUCAAUUCGAAUUAACGCAGUCACAAUUGGAGGAAGAGGACCCUGAUGAGCUUGAAACCACCACUCGCGAUGAAUUCGCGGCAACUUUCAUCCGAGUUAAGGCAGCGUUUAGGAGGGAGUUAAACAAGUUGGAUCCUCAAGUAAUGUCAUCUACGAGACAUCAACCUUUACAGGAGCAACCAUCGGUCAUUGUGAUGAAACAACCAAAGUCUCGUCUGCCGCAGUUGCAGCUACCGUGAUUUGGAGGAGCGUAUACAGAUUGGCCGAACUUUUUUGGCAUGUUUCAAACAAUAGUUCACGAUGACACAGAAUUGUCAAACUUGGAAAAAUUGCAGCAUCUUCGUUCAUGCCUAAAGGGAGUAGCACUGGAUACUAUCCAAUCACUUGAAAUGCGUGACGAAAACUACUUAAUUGCUAUGAAAUUACUUAGUCAAAGAUUCAGUAAUCGACGUUUGAUUUUUCAGGCACACAUUCAAGAGCUAUUCGGAUUACAGAGGGUGAGCAUUGACAAGAAAUCAGGAGAGUUGCGUUCGCUGGUGGACAAAUUAGUAUCGCAUGUUCGAGCCUUGCAUUCGUUGGGUACGUUCGAACAAAUAGCUGAUUGUUUGCUUCAGUAUAUCGCUGCACAGAAAUUGGAUCCCGAAACACACGCAUUAUGGGAAGAAAAGGUUCCAGUUGACGAGUUGCCCACGUGGACGGACAUGGCUACGUUCUUGCAGAGGAGAUGUCAAACAUUAGAAAAUGUGACUCAUGCUAUGGUAACAAAAACACCUGGCACACAGGUGAGCAAUACAAAGUAUCGUAAAAAUGCAUUUGUUGUUUCUAAGACUUCCACCAAAGGUUGUGCGAUUUGUCAAAAACAUGACCAUAUUGUGUACACGUGCCCACUAUUCGCAAGUUUGAGUCCAAGUGACAGGUGGAAGGAAGCCAAAAGAGCACAUCUGUGCAUAAAUUGUCUCAAACCAGGACAUCAGGUGCAGCAAUGUAAAUCUUCUACAUGUCGUUUUUGCUCAAUGCAGCAUCAUACCCUGCUGCAUUUUACUCAAGUCCACCAAGCCGUAACUGGUAUUUUAGAAACCACACCUGGUCCAUCACAGCCAGCUGUCCUCGUCACAAGGACAUCAAAAAGUCGCUCACCUUCACCUCUGUCACGCUCUUGUUCAACUGAAUGUGUGCUUCUUGCAACUGCUAUUGUUUUCGUUCGCAACAGUGUCGGAUCGCUAAUACCAUGUCGUGCGAUCCUCGAUUCUGCUUCACAACUCAACUUUAUAACGACGAGAUUACCAAAUCAAUUACAAAUUAAAAAAUCAAAAUCGUCUUUAGCAGUUUCUGGUAUCGGAGAUUCGGAAUUUAUUGUUAAUUCUAGCGUCAACAUUUCAAUUCAUUCUGUACAUAAUAGCUUCAGUGCCAAUUUAGAAUCUGCGGUAACUCCAACAAUCACCGAUUAUCAGCCAAACUAUCCACUCGAAGUCAGUGAUUGGGAUAUUCCAGCGAAUAUCAACUUAGCUGAUCCUGAGUUUCAGAAUCCCCAACGUGUGGAUCUUCUCAUAGGUGCAAGCAUAUUUUUUGAUUUGCUUUGCAUUGAUCAAAUUCGUUUGAAAAAUAAUUAUAUUCUCCAAAAAACUCGUUUUGGAUGGAUCGUAUCGGGUGGCCAAAGCACAUCGCCAAAACUAUCAUCGCUUACAACAACCGUAAUAACAUCGCUUGAGUGUGACGCAGGUCAUCCAUCUACCAAUGAACUGGUGCGUUCAUUUUGGGAAAUAGACAACAGCUUUGAGCCCAUUAGUAAGGCAACAAGAGAGGAACUCGAUUGUGAAGAUCACUUUAAGGCAAACUACAGUCGUUUGCUGACAGGCGAAAAUUCGAUUCGCUUACCUCUAAAGCCCAGUAUUAGCCUUCUUGGUGAUUCCUACAAGCAAGCGUUACGACGGUUUCUAACUCUUGAGAGGCGUCUCGAACGUAAUAAGGAAGUAAAAUUACAAUACGUAUCUUUUAUGAAGGAAUAUCUCGAACUUAAACACAUGUCUCCAGUAUCGAAGCCAAUACCAUCGCUACCCACAUAUUUUAUUCCACAUCAUUGCGUGUUCAAAAACGAUAGCACAACAACAAAACUUAGAGUCGUAUUCGACGGCUCAGUACAGACUACAACUGGUUAUUCAUUGAACAAUGCGCUGAUGGCAUGUCCAACCAUUCAACCGAAGUUAGCCGACACUCUUUUUCGUUUUCGUGCAAAUCCGGUCGCUCUAACCGGAGACAUUUGCACAAUGUAUCGGUGCAUUCGAGUCACCACGCCUGAUAAUUACUUGCAAUGCAUACUUUGGAGGGACGAUCCAAAAGAUGACAUAAAAAUAUUUAAACUCUAUACGGUUACUUAUGGGACAAAGUCUGCACCAUUUUUGGCUAUUCGCACCAUGCACCAACUUGCGGUCGAUGAAGCAGUUUUAUACCCCAUUGGUUCCAAAAUAAUUCAACGCGAUUUUUAUGUCGACGACUUAAUCACUGGUGCUCACACCGUUGAAGAAGUAAAAGAAAUAAUGAAACAAACCUCUGAUCUGUUAGGUAAAGGAAACUUUAAAAUUCGAAAAUGGUGUUCUGGUUUAUAG